UAUUACUAUUAAAGCAAACUUUCUGGAAGCCAAAAAGGACCAAGUUUUGUGGUUUUACUUUUGCUAAAGAAAAGAACGCAUUGUGAGGCAUAAACUGUUGCGAAUAAAGAAAUAUAAAAAAACUUUGGGGCACCAACUUAUGAGUUUGAAAAGAUAGAAAACGGUAAAUGCCUAAAUAAACAGCCAAUCUAUAUUUAUGCCUGUAUUCAAAAAACACCCAAUAGGUUUCAAAAGGCUAUUGAUGUAACUUAAAAUAGGUAUGAAUAAUUAAAAUAAUACUGGUGCGUAUCGCAUAUAUAAUUACAAUUUUUAAUAAAAUCUGUGAAAGUAUAUACAUAUUUACAAAAGUUUUUAAAAAAGGACGUAAAGAAUAAUAAAUUGAAAAGUUCUCUGCGCGGUCGAACUAUUACAAUUUAUUCGAUUUGUUCAGAGGGAGAGUUUUUCGAUGGAUUACACUUACGCAGGGAGUUGCAAAGUUGGGAAGUUAGCGAGUUGCGACGCAGUGAGUUGGGAAGUUGCAUCUACAAUUUGUUUUUGUUUUUUUUAAUUCACCGGUUUGCCGACGGGAUCCGGAAAAAUAAGGUCAAUUCUAGCUUUGAGUAACCCGGGGUCCACAAUCUAGCGUAGAGCAAAUCAACCUCCUCCCCAGUGUCUUUUUUACUUAUUUUGGUCUCAAAUUGGGGUCAUGUCAUGAUUGGUAAGAUCUGGGAAACUAAAUUGGAUUGAAAAAGCUCCGAUUCAAAUCAUCCAGAACGAAAUGCAUCUCCUGUACUCGUGUUUUUCCUUUUCGAUCAAUCGAUUUCUUGAGGGGUUAAGACCCCAGACCAACACGCAGUUUAAUAAUUUACACAUCGACUAAUCUUUUAUUGAUUAAACAAAUGAGGAGAACAAGGUAAGCUUGCAAUUGUCGGCUUAAUUAAAUGAUAAGCAAAUGGGAUGUAUUUAGCCAAAGUUUUGACAGGACCUUUGGAUGCAACAUACUAUUUUCCGGUAACAUUUAGGAUACCUUGAUCAUUUUGUCAGACGACGAAUCGUUAUCUGAUACCGCCAAGUCACCACUGAAAAAUACAAAAAUUGAAAAAAGCCACUCCAGCACCAACUUCCACAGAGGAUGUACCACAGAGACCACUCAGGAGGGCCGAGCGACGAAACCCAGUCAGACCAGUGACUAUUCUACCAACACCAGAGGCCAUGGACAUCUUCGAGCUCCAAGAGAUGGUGAGGACUCGUCCAGUGGUAAAAAGUAAACUGCGGGAGUGGUCUGAUUGGCUAGUGGACUAUGUGCUGGAGUCUAUAAAGAAGGGUGUCAAUAGCGUAUAUAACACGUUCAAAAACAAUGUGAUGAAACUAUACCACGGGUGCAACGCUUCACGAUGAGGUUGAGCAAGAGGCAAGGGAAGAUCAUAAUUCAGAGCAAUCUAAUCAAGAUUUUACGCCUCAGGAGCAUAACCAUGCAUUACAUUAAACAUUCAGGAGUUACCGCAUAGCUGCCAUAGAUGGAACAGAUAUCCAUGGAUAUUUUGGUAUGAUACGAUCACAUGUAAAAAAUUUGAUAGAGAAUCAGGUAGAGGAAAUGGGGUCUGCAAAGAUACAGUGCUCUCUAUGGAUACUAGGGAAAAAGAAAUUGAUGGUACUAACGAGUUUAUCGAAGUAGACAAGGUCUUUCACAACAACAUGGCAUCUAUAUUCCAGGGCACAAACGUGGAUGAAGUGAUAGAUACGAAGUUUGCUCAAAUUAAAACGCAUGUGGAGAAUCCUGCAUUACCCAAGAAUGGCUUUAGCAUCGGUAGAAUAAAUAACAUUGAUAUAGAUUUUCUUAAAUUGAAGUUGACGAGAGGUUCAUCAUAUAUCGAAACACCCGGAUGGAUGUCGAUGAAAAAAACUAUCAUAAAUCCUAUAAAUAAUGACGAGGAGUUCUUCAAAUAUGCGAUUAUCGCCGCCAUACAUCAAGAAGAGAUAGGUACAAACCAUCAAAGAAUCAGCAAGCUGCGACCCUAUGUGGAUCAGUAUAACUGGCAGGGUAUUGAGUUCCCAACAUCCAUCAAAGAUAUCACAAAAUUCGAGCGGAAUAAUCCCGACAUUGCCGUGAACGUCUUUUUUGCAACAGGGAAGAGCUUUAAUAUCUUACGGCGAUCGGCAUUUAACGAACGUGAGAAUCAGACUAAUUUGCUAUUACUAACAGAUGAUAAGAAGAGCCACUACGUGGCCAUCAAAAAUCUAUCCAGACUACUAAAAAGCGAGAUAUCGAAGAACCAUGGAAAAAUGAGUUUUUGUCUGAAUUGCCUUCAGGGGUUUCAAACGAUAGAAUCCCGCGAUAAACACUAUGCAUAUUGCAAAGAUAAUGAAGCUGUAAAGAUCACGAUGCCCAGCGAAAAUGAAAAAUGGUUAUAUUAUCAAGAUGGUCAACAGCAAUUCAAAGUACCCUUCGUCAUCUAUGCGGACUUCGAAUCACUACUGAUCCCGAUGAAAGAGAAUGCUCGGGAUACUAAGACCAAGACGCUGAAUAAGCAUGUACCAUGCGGGUGGUGUACGUAUUCCACCUUUGCUUAUGGAGAAGUGCCAGAUCCACUGAAAGUCUACAGGGGUGAAGACUGUGUACAGAAGUUCGUCGAUCAUCUAGAGAAUGAGGUAAAGCGACUCUAUUGCACCUACCAUCAACAGAACGUGUUACCACUAACGGAAAUACUAAAAAAGGAGCACGACUCCGCUACGAGUUGUCAUAUUUGCAUGAAAUCAUUUUACAACGAUGGAUAUAGCCGUAAAGUUCGAGACCACUGUCACUACACGGGGUUAUACAGGGGUGCAGCGCACGCGAUCUGCAACCGCAGAUAUAAUAUACCAAGCCAUGUGCCUGUGAUCUUCCACAACCUAUCAGGGUACGAUGCCCACUUAUUCAUUCGAGAAUUGGGGGAAAAGUAUGAUACUCAGGAUAUUUCUUACAUCGCGGAGAAUACAGAAAAAUAUAUAUCGUUCAAUGUAAAAAUCAAAGUACCCAUUGCAGGCAUGGAGCAUGGCGACGGCGAAACGUACAAGAAGAUAGAGAUCAGAUUUAUUGAUAGUUGUCGAUUUAUGGCAUCAAGCUUGGAGAAAUUAGUUAAUAAUCUCGAUGAUGAACAAUGCAAAAAUCUCCGUUGGUAUUUCAAUGAGGAUGACAUCUUUAAACUCAUGCGUAAAAAAGGUGUUUAUCCGUAUGCAUACAUGAAUAGCUGGCAACAAUUCGAGGAGACUGAGCUACCUCCUUUGGAGGCUUUCUAUAGCAAGUUAGACAUGAAUGGGAUUAAUGAUGAAGAAUACGAGCACGUUCAAAAAGUGUGGAAUGCUAUUACUCUAAAUGGUCCAGAGACUAUCAUGGGUGACUACCACGAUGUAUAUUUGGUGACGGAUGUAGUGCUAUUGACCGAUAUCUUUCAGAACUUUCGCAGCACUAGCCACGCGAACUAUAAGCUUGAUCCUGCUCACUUCUACAGCGCACCUGGUCUCGCAUGGAAGGCAGCACUCAAGUACACAGAAAUUAAACUGGAGCUCCUUACGGACCCUGAUAUGUUAUAA